AUGGGUCCCGUGGAGACCGAUAUUAAGGAAAAAGCUGAGCUUGUUGAAGGAAAGGUGGAUUGGAAGGGAAGAACAGCAAGGAAGGAUAAGCAUGGAGGACCACAAACUUCGUUGCUUGUCCUAGCUGCUUUUGCUUUCGAGAACUUGGCAACUCUUGCACUAGCAGUAAAUUUGGUGACAUACUUCAAUAGAGUGAUGCACUUUAUAAUGGCUGAUGCUGCUAAUCAGCUAACAAACUACAUGGGUACUAGUUACAUUCUAGCCAUCCUCAUGGCCUCCCUUGCAGACGCUUACAUCGGCAGAUUUAUGACUGUUUCUAUUUCAGCAUGCAUUGAAUUCAUGGGACUUGCAUUACUAACAAUACAAGCUCACUAUUCCAAACUCAAGCCACCUCCCUGCAACAUUUUUGAUCCAACGGCAAGCUGUCACCAAGUUGAUGGCGGCAACGCUGCACUCCUCUUCGCCGCCCUAUACAUGAUCGCCAUUGGCGCUUCAGGACUAAAAGCUGGGUUGCCAACACAUGGUGCUGAUCAAUUUGAUGAGAAAGAUCCACGAGAAGCGAAACAGAUGUCCAGUUUCUUCAACUGGCUCUUGCUAGCAGUGUGCAUAGGCGGCGCAGCUAGUCUAACCCUUAUCGUGUGGAUCCAAGACAACAAGGGAUGGGACUGGGGAUUUGGGAUCUCAACUGUUGCCAUGCUCUUGGCUGUCAUCAUCUUUGUUUCUGGAUUGCCACGCUACCGCAUACAUGUUUUUCAAGGAAGUAGUGCCAUCACUGAAAUUAUUCAGGUGUAUGUAGCAGCCAUCCUUAAUAGAAAGCUUCAACUUCCUGAGGACCCUACAGAGCUGUAUGAGAUCAAUAGGGACAAGGAAGCCGCAAUAGAAGCAGAAUUUCUUCCUCACAGUGAUGGUUUCAGGUUCCUAGACAAAGCAGCCAUCCAAACAUCACCAACACAACAUGGAACACCAGAAACAGUUAGUCCAUGGAAACUUUGCAGGGUCACCCAAGUAGAGAAUGCCAAAAUCAUACUUAGAAUGGUCCCAAUCUUCUGUUGCACCAUUAUCAUGACUCUUUGCUUGGCUCAACUUCAAACCUUCUCCAUCCAACAAGGCCUCACCAUGGACACAAGUAUCAACAAACAUUUCAACAUACCACCAGCUUCACUCCCCAUCAUCCCCGUCGUCUUCUUGAUCAUCAUCAUCCCAGUCUACAACUGCUUAUUCGUGCCCUUUGCCCGUAAGAUCACUGGCCACCCCACUGGAAUAACUCACCUGCAACGUGUUGGGGUCGGCCUAAUUCUCUCUGCCGUGUCCAUGGCAGCUGCUGGACUGCUGGAAGUGAAGCGAAAAGAGGUCGCAAGAAAACACAAUAUGCUAGAUGCACUCCCAGUGUUGCAGCCACUCCCCAUUAGCGUUUUCUGGCUAUCAAUCCAGUACUUCAUUUUUGGUAUAGCAGACAUGUUCACAUAUGUUGGUCUUCUUGAAUUUUUCUAUUCACAAGCACCAAAAGGGCUGAAAUCAAUCUCUACUUGCUUCCUCUGGAUCUCCAUGGCACUUGGGUAUUUUCUGAGCACUAUAGUUGUGAAGAUAGUGAAUCGGUCCACGAAGGGAAUGACUAACAGUGGUGGAUGGUUAGGAGGAAAUAACAUCAACAAGAAUGAUCUGAAUCUGUUCUACUGGUUGUUGUCUAUACUUAGCUCAAUAAAUUUCUUGACCUAUUUGUUUGUGGCCAAGAGAUACCAGUACAGGCCACAGAGCCCGGAGAAUAUUUCAGAUGAUCAGAAUUAUAACAAGAGUUAUGAGCUGAAGUCGACGGAGAAUUUAUAAAUGGAGAAGCCACUAGAUGAAAACUGAAUUUUAGAUGUGUGUUUAUUUUCAAGUUUUUUAAGUGUGUUAUUAUUUUUUUUUUUUAUCAAGUUUUUUUCUCUGUAUUAAUUUGCUUGGUUCUGAUGUAGAAAAUUUGGAUAUAUUUUUUCCACUCUGCAGUGAAAGAUGGGUGGCAUCAAAUAUAUGCGCGCCAAUGCUUAAUUAAUUACAUUUGAUGCCCUUUGAAAAAUAUGAUGUUCUACUCUCUUUUCUUUUCUUUCUUUUUAAUUUUUGUUUCGUUAAGCAUGAUGAUUAAGUUGAAUGCUCCUCUA